AUGGCUACCACAAUCAAUUCAACAAUCAAGCUAGCCAGCGGCUACGAGAUUCCCCGUCUAGGAUUUGGAGUGAGUAUUUAUCGAGUGCCCCCAGAAGCGACAGAGCGAUGCUGUCUCGAAGCACUAAAGGCUGGCUAUCGCCAUAUUGACUCUGCCGCGGUUUACAAGAAUGAAGCUGGCUGUGGCAGCGCGAUUCGCGCAUCAUCCAUUCCGCGCGAUCAGAUAUUCUUUACUUCCAAGGUCAUCAAUAUUAGCUAUGAUGAAGCCAAGGCAACCGUCGAGGAGACCCUUCGUCUCACAAAGCUCGAGUACAUUGACCUGAUGCUGCUCCACAAGCCGAUGGGUGGCUCUGAGAAUCGCAAGGGUGCAUGGAAAGCGUUGGUCGAGGCUGUUGAAUCCGGCAAAGUGCGCUCGAUCGGCGUCAGCAACUACGGCGUGCACCAUCUAGACGAGCUCGAGCAACAUAUCCGCGAACUUGAAGCCGAACGCGGCGGCAAAGGAAAGGGAGGCGUCAUUAGCAUUAAUCAAGUCGAACUGCACCCGUGGCUCGCUCGGAAAGACAUCGUCGAUUGGAGUACUAGUCAUGGCGUUGCCCUCCAAGCUUACGCACCCAUUGUGCGUGGCGCCCGCUUUGAAGAACCAUCUGUCAAGAAGCUGGCGGACAAGUAUAACAAAACCCCGGCCCAAGUUCUUAUCCGUUGGAGUCUGGAUAAGGGGUUCAUUCCGUUGCCGAAGAGUGUGACGCCGUCGCGCAUCGUUGCCAAUGCCGACGUCUACGACUUCAAGUUUACUCCCGAGGAGGUUCAGGGACUGGAGACGGACGAAUAUAGCCCUUGUGCGUGGGACCCGACAGUGAGGAAGCUGGAGGAAUAG